CGGACCUGCCCCUGAAGACCGUGACUUCAUCAGGAUCAAGUUCAAGAACGGUGCCAGCGGCGGCUUCGAGACCUACCGUGCUUUCGGGCACAGGUCUGACAUUGCUGCAACGGAGUUUAUCUACAGGAUCGAGGUUCAAUGUCCUUAUCACUCGACGGACUUAGGUUCAAGAGGUGGGCUCCGGGCCCUUCUCCCAUUUCCCACUUCUCUCCUUCCGGGUUGGUAUUCGAUGAUGGUUCGCGAGUGGUGGCCGACCUUGUCAUCUUCGCAACUGGGUACUCGAAAUGCUUAGAUGCAAACUCCACGACGAAACAGAUGACUGCACAUCUCUGGGACAUAUCCGCACGUUACUCUCGGACGAUAUGGUACUGUUAUCUGGCUUGACAACUAUUACGAAGACUGGGUGUACGCGAGGGAGCCUGAUUCUCGACUAGCCAGCAUGGCUCACAUGAUUCCAUGGUAUUUCGCGUACGAGACCGCAACGAUUGGAGAAGGGUCAACUCACAUUUGGCAUAUUUCACCAUUUUCUCGUCUGUCAGUUAUAUCCCUCGUCCAUAAUAUACGAAGUUAAAUCCAUUGCGGUGGUGUAUCUACAUC